AUGGAAGCAUCCAACGGAUCUAAUUUUGGAAUAGACAGUAUUUUAUCAAACAAUCCUAGUUGCGGGAGUCCGGUGCUAAUGAACGGAGAUUUUCGUCUCAGUGACAGCAGGAGCACCGACUUCAGGAGCCAGGCCAGCCCAUCUCCGUGCUCGGAGAUAGACACAGUGGGAACUUCCCCCUCGUCCCCUAUUUCGGUUACCAUUGAGCAUGCCGAAGCCCAUUUGCUUGACGAUAGCCUUCAGCACCACCACCAUCUCCACAGUCAGCAGCAGAGUCUACAGUUAUCGCCACAUCCGCAGCAGCUCGGGGCAGCUGGCUCUGUCCCACGGACUGUAACCUCUUCCUUCCUAAUCAAAGACAUUUUGGGCGACAGCAAGCCACUGGCCGCGUGCGCACCGUACAGCACGAGCGUGUCGUCACCCCAGCAUGCCCCGAAACCAGAGUUUCGUGGGAAUGACGGGUUCAGGCCAAAAUUAGAGCACGAUGACGACGGCGAGCUGGACAAACGACACGACCUUCAUAAUGACUUCAAAUGUAACGGAACAAAAGAAGACGGCGAUCGAGAGAUCUCAAGUAGCAGAGAAAGUCCUCCAAUUCGCUCUAAAAAACCGAGAAAAGCACGAACGGCCUUUUCCGACAACCAGCUAAAUCAGUUGGAGCGCAGCUUCGAGCGCCAGAAAUAUCUCAGCGUACAGGAUCGCAUGGAUCUGGCUGCGGCUCUCAACCUGACCGACACACAAGUGAAAACCUGGUAUCAAAAUCGGCGGACGAAGUGGAAGCGACAGACUGCGGUUGGAUUAGAGCUACUGGCAGAAGCAGGAAAUUAUUCGGCUCUACAGAGAAUGUUCCCAUCGCCAUAUUUCUAUCACCCGAACUUGCUGGGGAGCAUGGACAGCACGACAGCAGCGGCCGCAGCCGCCGCGAUGUACAGCAGCAUGUACCGGACACCGCCUGCCCCUCAUCCAGGCAUACAAAGGCCUUUGGUGCCCAGAGUUCUCAUCCACGGCCUUGGACCAGGAGGGCAACCGGCUUUGAAUCCAUUGGCUAACCCUAUUGCAGGCGUACCGCAAGCUCGUUAA